AUGCCGACGAAGAUGCCGACCGCGAAGACGGCGCUGAGCAGGUGCCGCCAGCUUUCCCGCUCUCACGCGGGCGACGCCCCCGCCUGGAGCGCGGCGACGGCUGCCUUCGCGACAGCGUCCUUCCAGGCGGCUGCGGGCACCUCGGCGCCCAAGGCGGCGCAGAGCGCCUUGAGCUCGGGCACCGUCCGGGAGCUGAGCUGCUCAUCCACCUGCUCCCAGUCGCGGACGUCCCUGUCGACCAGUGCCUUCGUCUCCCCGCCGGCGGCCGUGAUCUUCGACUGGUCCGAGACCAGGUCCCAGUCUUAG